AUGGACCGAUUUACUCAAUUCCCCGCCAUCAAUAACGAUGGUGAUGUUCACAUCAUACCCUGGCAGGUGGACGCCCAACUCCCCUCUGAAAUUUUUGCUGUGUCAUGGGCAGUCUUGCUACGCGCAUUCACAACAGAUGAGAACCCGGUCUUUUUGUUGACGGGGGUACCUGUAAAGGUAGAUCUAUCCACCCAGACGGUUCAGCCAGCAGAUCUGGCGACCGCAUCAGAUCUCUCAGGCAAACACACCGCUGUGGUGUUGGGAGAUCCUCUAUUCAGCGAUGACGGACAACCCCCGGCGUUGCGGUGGACCGUGGACCCCAUGACUCAGUUGGGAGUCUUGUGUGCGACCGGAGGCAUGAACGCCGCUUUCCUGCACCAGCUGGGCAACCAGCUGAAGUGGAUUGUGCAGGAGCAGGCUGCCCAGAAGGGUGUGCAGGUGACACUAUCCGCCAAUGAGCUUCCUGAUCUAGCCAUUUCAAAUGCCUUUCCCUCCACGCUACCAGGGCCUCAACUUCUACAUGAGCUUGCCCUGCGCGGGCUCACCGAUUCGAACCACGCCAUUGAAUUCCUAACUGCGGAUGGAAAAGUUCGUUACUUGUCGUACCAUGACUUGGACCGGCUUUCCUCGGAGCUGGCGAGGAAAAUCGCUCGUGUCUUGAUCAUCUCACAGGGCGUACAGAGAAUUGUGCCAGUGCUUUUGCCCCAGUCUGUGGACUUGUACGUUUCAUGGCUGGCCAUUCUCAAAGCUGGCGCAGCUUUCUGCCCCUUGAACACCGACGCACCAACAGAUCGUAUUGAGUUCAUCCUGCAAGAUGUGGCUGCAUCUGUGGUGGUCACAAAUGAUGCGCUUGCAAUAAGGAUACCGCCCAAAGAGGAUAUUUCUAUACUCACCGUGGACGAUCUUCAACCCAGUGAUCUCACAGAGCCGUGCUCAAAGAACACCACUUCCACGGACCUGGCAUAUGUCAUGUACACAUCUGGCUCUACAGGCCGUCCCAAAGGCGUUGGAGUGUCCCAUCUUGCUGCCACCCAAUCACUCCUUGCUCAUGAUGAUUUGAUACCCCCUUUCAAGCGCUUUUUACAAUUUGCAUCUCCCACCUUUGAUGUUUCAGUGUUUGAGGUCUUCUUUCCAAUGAUGCGAGGAUCAACCCUUAUCGGCUCCGAGAGAGAAAACUUGCUCCUUGAUAUCUCCCAUGUGAUGACUACGAUGAGAGUCGAUGCAGCUGAGUUGACCCCAACAGUGGCAGGAGAGUUGCUGCGGACGCGGGCCGCAGCUCCAACUCUCCGAGUGCUCCUCACAAUUGGUGAAAUGCUUACCAGACAUGUGAUCGACGAGUUUGGCCAGUCUGACGGCAGAGAUGGCAUUCUUCAUGGGAUGUACGGACCUACGGAAGCAGCAAUCCAUUGUACCGCUGCCACCCAUUUUCAGGCCAAAGAUCAUGUCAAUAUGAUUGGAAAGCCCUUCAAAACUGUCUCUGCUUACAUCAUGGCACUACCCUCCGACGACGAGCUAACAUUUACGGAGCUUCACCCCCUUUCACUAGGCCAAGUUGGAGAGCUUGUGGUGGGUGGUCCUCAAUUGGCAGACGGGUAUAUCAACCGCCCCGAAGAAAACGCCAAGGCUUUUGUGGACAGUCCGGUGUAUGGCCGACUAUAUCGCACGGGAGACAAAGCCCGCAUGCUCCCUACCGGGGAGAUUGAGUGUUUUGGUCGAAUUUCCAGCGGCCAGGUGAAGCUGCGAGGCCAGCGGAUAGAACUCGGCGAGAUAGAGCAUGUCAUCACCAGAGCCUCCGGUGUUCGCAGUGCUGUAACCAUAGUCAUCGACGGGAACCUGGUUGCAUUUGUUCUGGUUACCGACAAAGGAACCACGGACAGUAGUCUCCGAAACGUCUGUCGUCAGCUAUUACCUCGCUUCAUGAUUCCUGGAGAAUUUGUGCUCGUCGACCAGUUCCCCCAACUUCCCUCGGGCAAGAUCGAUCGUAAAACACUAGAAGCCGAUUUUGUUCGCCAUCGAAGCACCACUCUGGCUUUUGAUGGCCAACCGUGCCGAGACGAAAAAGAAGAGUCCAUCUUCUCAAGCGUGGCUGAUGUGUUAGGCCGGCGACUCUCAUCGACAGAGAGCCUGGCAGCAGCAGGCCUUGAUUCACUAGCAGUAAUCCGUCUCGCGUCCCAUCUCUUGGAUGCAGGAAUUUGCCUGGGUGUGGCUACCCUGCUGGAGGCUGACUCAGUGGACCAAAUCUGGCAACUUGCCACGAGCCUUGAGGCUGCGAGCCCGAGUAAUGAUGCGCAAACAGCCCUCCAGGCCGUUCUCCAGCUUGUUUCAGGUGCAGGUGCAGCAAGGGUCGACUCGCUGGGGUUGAGCAAGCAGGUUUCGGACAUCGUACCGUGUAGCCAUGUUCAACAGGCUAUGAUUAUAGAGACUGCUCGAGACAACAAAGCAUAUUGCAACUGGAUUGAGCUGGAAUUCGAGCACUCGGUCAGUGUAACUUCAGUGAAAAAUGCAUUUGGUCAACUGGUGGACCAUAACGAGAUCCUGCGGUCUGGAUUUGUCGAAAUCGGCCUCAAGGAUCACUCAUAUGGCCGCUUCACUUGGAAUGUCCUUGACACGUAUAUUUCCAUGAAACAGGAGUUCGACUACGAUUUGGGGUUGAGCGCAGGUCACGACGUCUUGAACCCCUUCCGAGUCCAGAUCAAGCAGGGGAAAGAUCAUCUCCGCGUGCUGGUGCAUAUCCAUCAUGCAAUCUAUGAUGGAUGGUCAUGGCAACUCCUGUUGAAAGAUCUCAGGAGUGUACUGUCCGGAAAGGAGAUCACUGCUAAACCCCCAUAUAAUGUCGUCGCAAACUUCUUCAUUGAGCACAAACUGGACAAAUCGGCAACAGAAUCCUUGGCCUACUGGCAGGAUCAACUCCAGGGGUUUAAUCCUGCGAAUUUCCCUACUUUCUAUGGAAAUGCAGAUAUCGCACAUGCCACCGAAAAGACUACUCGCGUGCUAGAUAUAUCCGUAUCAAAACUCAAUGAAGUCUCCCAGCAUCUUCGCGUGAGCCGGCAAACAAUUUUUCAAGCCGCAUUUUGCUAUCUUCUCACUUCCUACCUCGGAACCGGUGAUGUUACCUUUGGAACUGUAUUUUCAGGCCGGACUUUGCCCUUGAAAGGCAUCGAGACUGUUCUCGGACCCUGCAUCAGAACUUUGCCUACGCGCAUGAACCUUGACAAGAUGGAAGACGUGACCGAUCUCCUCUUGGCACUCCAGAACAUGAAUCGCAAGUCGCUCGAGCAUGGCAGUCUUCCUCUCCAGGAUAUCAAGAAGGUUUCUGGCGUCGACUUGGAUUGCAGUCUUUUCGAUACGGCGCUCGUGUGGCAGGAAAGCAUUUGGUCAGAUGAUGACCAAGGCUCGGUAUUCCGGGAAGUUGGAGCGGGGGAGUUUUUAGAAUUUGCGCUUUUGCUGGAGUUUGAGCCGCGAGAUGAAACCAUCAUUGCUCGGGCGACCUUUCAGAAGGCGGUGCUACCGUUCGAGCAAGCUAUGACACUCCUGGAGCAGAUUGAUUCCGUUGCUUCGAUCUUGAUUGACAAGAUUAAGCUUCCGAUCCAGGAGAUUCAAUCGUAUCUUCCCUCGUCAACGUUGUCUAUCCAACAUGCAGCAUCAUGCGAGCAAGCCGAUCUGCCAAGCUUGACAUCCGGCGUCGAGAUUAUUGCCUCUACAGACCCGAACCGGGUAGCGGUUGAGUUGAUGCUCUGGAAGCCAGAAACUCCUGCCCCGUUGGUUGAAAGCAUGACCUAUGGUCAACUAAACUCCCAAGCCAAUGGAUUUGCACACCUUUUGCUCCAUCUCGGAGUGACGAAAGCCGAUUUAAUAGCAAUUCACCUGACAACAUCCCUUGACUUUUACGUUGCUGUGCUUGGAGUUGUCAAGGCCGGUGCUGGUCUCCUCCUACUUCCCCAGGCCUCUUCGCAGACCAUUCAUUCCAUUCUCUCUAUGGCAAAAUCCAGGUUCUGCAUAGUCGAUCACUUGACAGAAAAGAAUCAUUGCUUGGAUUCUUUAAAGCACAUCCAGCUGAUUCACCUCUCUUAUUCGCUGGAUCUUUAUUGUGAAUUUAAUAUUCCCUAUACCAAUGAAGGGUCUGACGUUGUCUAUGCUGAAUUUUCGCUAAUUGAAAAUGACUUGACGGUAAACAUUGUCAUCUCACGUCAAAAUGUGCAGAGCAGUGUCAAUGCUCUUUCAGACAUUUAUCCAACGCCAACCGGUUCGAAAAUGCUAUCAUGUCUUCAAGGAUCAGGUCCAUCAAUUUGCCAGGCAUUCUUUGCCUGGCACGCUGGUAUGACGUUGUGCUCAUCUACAGACUUAAUCAUGAUGACUCGCAUCGAGCAAACUUGCCAAGAUUUGAACAUCACGCACCUUCACUUACCUCCCAUGCUGGCCUCUCGUAUUGACCCACAAGCCGUUCCCAGUGUGCAGCAUCUCCUCUCUUAUGGCGAAGAAAUGACUCCAAAGCUUCAUCGAAAAUGGGCCAGCAAAUGUCUUCAUCAAGCAUACAGCAACCGUGCGCUGACUCACGAGUGUACCUUUUGUCCUAAUAUGCAAGCAUCGACCUAUGUUCGAAACAUUGGUAGACCCCUGAAGAACACAUCUACAAUGAUCGUGGCAGAUAGUGCUUCACUAGGUUUUCUUCCACGCGGCGCCAUUGGAGAGUUGUGCUUUGGCGGAGAUCAAGUUGGGCGCUGUCUACCUGACUCCGAGCCAUCAGUGGCUGAGCGAUUCUUUGACCAUCCUGAAUUCGGUCGGAUCUAUAGAACGGGUGAUUUUGGAAGGAUGCUUCCUGAUGGCACACUCAUUCUUUCCCGAAGUUCUGGCCUUGCACAGUCGUACGCUCCGUCUUUUGAUCUUGAUGUAGUUGACCGUGCUCUCAUGUCUUUAGAAAUGGCUCAAGAGUCAGUGAGCAUGAUUCUGGAUGAGCCAGAACCGCGCCAACAGCAAUUGGCAGUAUUUUGGGUCCCUUCAACGAAAUGCUCAGAUUCUGUGCAGAUCGAGGAAGCUACGAAAGUUCUUUUCAAGGAACUCACCAAGAGACUUUCUUCUUCUAACCUUCCAUCGUUUCUUGUUCUCGUGGAUGCGAUAGAUCUAACUAAGUCUUAUAAGACUGAUUACCGUAUGUUGAGGCAACGACUGGAACAGUUGACUACAAAGGAGCUUGCGAUAUUUUCACCAAAGCUCAAUACCGAUAAUGCUAGUGGCAGUUUCACCGAACUUGAAAAUACCAUCUCUGCCGCGUUGUCAGCAGUAACUGACACUAACCAAAGCAACAUCAGCAAGCACACGUCUUUCUACAGAUUGGGUCUGGAAUCUCUUUCUGCCAUUUCCUUCUCGCGGAAGCUGCAUGAGUCUGGAUGUGGAAGACUUGAUGUGUCCACAAUCCUGCGCCAUAGCUCCAUUGCUCUACUUGCAGCCGUCAUUUCUGCCAGAGCCAACGAGCAACAGCCCGAACAGGCUGUGGUGCCCGCGCUACCAACGGUGUUUGAUGAAAUUUUCAUCCAUCAAGUAGAAGAUGAGUUCAAAACUGCAACCAUAAAUGUCCAGAGCAUUUACCCUUGCACUCCACUCCAGGAGGCCAUGCUUGCAGCUGAGUCUAGUGGUCAUUCGGUUUAUUUCAACCACCUCUUGCUUCUUGUACACACCGAUGCCGAGGCUAUGAGAGCAGCAUGGGCUAAGAUGAUGCAAAGACAAGCCAUACUUAGAACUUGUUUCGCGCAAACCAAUGAUAAGCGUUUUUCAUUUGCUCAAGUUGUAUUGGAUACACCGGUUUUACCGUGGUGCCAUAUUGAAACUUCCUCUCCUGGACUUGAGAAUGUUAUCAAGGAGAUGAAGGCCAACUUUGAGGGGCUUUCUCCUGUCAACGGCCAGUUGCCAUACUCCCUGACUUUAAUAACCGAUUCCACUGCACAGAGGACGCUUCUUCUACUGUCCAUUCACCACGCACUGUAUGACGGGGAAGGUAUAACUCAAUUAUUGCAGGAGUUGCAACUAUUGCUUUCAAGCCAGGAACUGCCAGCAAGCACUCCAUUCCGCAACUUCAUCGAUUACAUGACCUCUGUUGACUAUGGCUCAUCGGACGAAUACUGGGACCAGUACAUGUCUGGUGUUUCACCGACCCUCCUUCCCACACCCGAGCCCGCAGCCAACGCAGAUGAUUCGGCAUCACAGCAGAUCCAUAUGUCUCUAGAUGGCUCUUUUGUAUCGUUCAAACAACAAUGCAAGGACCUCUCCGUAACCCCCUUGAACAUCUUCCACGCUGCAUGGGCCAGACUCCUCUCUAUAUACACCGAUUCCUCUGACGUCUGCUUUGGCAAUGUCUUCAGCUGCCGAACUAUUCCCUUGGAGGGCGCAGAUCGAAUAGUUGGGCCUUGCUUCAACACGCUCCCAAUUCGAAUCAAGUCCUCCUCGACUGCAACAAAUAGUGAAAUCAUGAAACUGUCCCAAAAAAGCAAUAAUGACAUUUUGCCUCACCAACUCAGCCCUCUACGGCGUAUUCAGCGGCGUGUUCUUGGCGAUGGUUCUCGCCUUUUCGACACGCUGGUCAUCUUCCAGAACAGAAAGACAGAUCUAGAUCCCAAUAUCUGGGAAAUUCUUCAGGACGAAGGAAACAUGGGAUUCCCCUUGAUCUGUGAGAUCAUCCCCCACGAGUCUGCCGACAACAUCCAAAUCUGUCUCCACUUCCAAGUAUCAUAUAUCUCGCAAGCCGUGGCUGAGAACAUUGCGCGGGACUUUGUGGCCCUUGUUGGACACAUCAUUCAAUACCCAUCUGCUCAGGCAUCAGACAAAUGGCUAUCGGGGGCAGACAUUCCUCCAGUCUUUAAACCGAAAGUAUCCAAAUGCCUGAACUCUGUUCAGUUCCUGACCAGAUCUUGCCAAAAGCGCCGAUGGUCUUAUCAAGAGGAGAUCGUUCGUGACCUUCUUUGCAAAUUUUCUGGUGUCGAUUCGGACAAUGUGUUCCAAGACACGACGAUCUUCCAACUUGGUCUGGAUAGUAUCAAUGCUGUUCAGGUAUCGGCGAAGCUGCGUGCAUUAGGGUAUAAGAUCUCAUCUGGUGAUAUUCUCGAGGCUGCUUCUAUUGGUCAAAUUGCUUCCCUUCUUACUUCCGCCGCCAAGAUAGUUGAGGAAAUCGAGUUUGACUUUGACCUUUUCCAAGCCCAUCAUUUGAAAUCUGUUUGCGAACAACUUGAGAUUCCUUCGCAUAAAGUGCAGUCUUUGCGCCCUUGUACGCCAGUUCAAAACGGAAUGCUUGCAAUGUUUACCCAUUCCCAUGGUGAAGUAUACUUCAAUCGAAUGGCCGUGAGGUUCCCGGCACAUUUGGAUAAGCACAUUCUGAAAGAAGCCUGGUCCAAGGUCAUGGCUCAGCAUGACAUGCUUCGAACAGGUUUUGUGCAAUUGCGCGAUCAGCAUAAUCCUUUUGCUAUGAUAACUUAUCAUGAGGAUAGUGAACUACCAUGGUGCGAAACCUCGAUUUCCAUGACAGACAUUCCUGGUGUUCAACAAAAACACCCCUUAGAAAAUCUCCACCAGCUUCCAUGGAACGUUGAAUUCGAGGCAGGCGAGAACACGAGUAUUAUGCAUUUCUCCGCAUUGCACGCAAUUUACGAUGCUCAGUCUCUGGCUACCAUAUUUGCGGACGUCAAGGCAGCAUAUGAAGGAAAAGCUCUGGCUACGCCGGCACCAGUCACCAAAACUCUUGGCCCUAUCCUUCUUGAAAGCAAGAGCCAGAGCAUAUCUGCUCAAUCCUUCUGGAAGGAACUGGCCCCAGAAGUGCAGCCCUCCAAAUUUCCUGACUUGCAUCCCAUCCACACAGACGAGCGCACCUUGCACACCACCUCAAUCCGUUGCGCACAGUCUCGUAAGGUUUUUGAAGAUGCCUGUCGAGAUAUCGGUGUAACACUACAAGCAGCUGGGCAAGCAGCAUGGGGUCGCUUGCUGUCUGCGUACACAGGCGAGUCCAAUGUAACUUUUGGAACUGUGCUUUCGGGUAGGAACUUGUCCGCCGCUGCUCAACAGGCGGUAUUUCCGUGUUUGGUCACAGUGCCGACGCCCCUGCGCAUUGAGGGUUCCAACCGACAGCUUUUGGACCGUACGUUGAAGCGUAAUGCUUCAUUGGUGAAAAACCAGUUCGCACCUCUGUCGCAUAUCCAGCGUUGGGUAGGGAGCGAUGAGCCACUUUUUGACACGCUGUUUGUUUAUCAGAAGUUUACAUCGGAUGCUGAUGGUGCUGGUGGCUGGGAGAUUUUUGACGAGAAGACGAAUAUUGAUGCAAAUCUGCAGAUUUCGCUGAGCUACCGGAGCGACAUUGUUCCUACGGAGCAAGCAACGAUCCUCUUGAACCAAUUUGACAAAUUCUUGCAGGAUACAGUUUUUCGUCCAGAUGCCAAUUCCACCGGUCAUGAGUCUGUGGGUAGUAGUCUGCUAUCCAUUACGACUGCCAAAGAAGCUCCAAUUCCUAGCAUGGUGUCUUUGUUGCAUCAAUUCGUCGAAUCGAACGCGCUCAAAAUCCCCGAGAAGAUUGCGUUCGAAUUUGCAUUUGGUGACACUGCCGACAAACUCCAGAAGAAGACUUGGACUUACCGUGAGUUCAACAACUGCGGUAAUCAAAUUGCGCAUUUCCUGCAGGCCAAGGGAGCCGUUCCUGGUGGAAUUGUGGGAAUAUGCUUCGACAAGUGCCCUGAAGCCUCCAUGGCGAUUCUGGGUAUCAUGAAAGCAGGAUGUGCAUACUUGGCUAUUGAUCCUGGUGCUCCUAUCUCUCGUAAGAAGUUCAUGUUGGAGGAUUCCGGUACCAACAUCCUACUUUGCAAUCAAUCGAAGAUGGCGGAACUAGGGGGACUGCCGGAUGUUGACGUCCAGGCGCUUGACGAGCCUGAAAUACUUGAUGGGGUCUCAACUAGCGAUGUCUCACUUUCCCGUUUGAUUCAGCCAGAUGAUACUUGUUAUUGUCUAUACACCUCCGGUACAACCGGAACACCGAAAGGCUGCGAAAUCACGCACGAUAAUGCUGUGCAAGCAAUGCUGGCAUUCCAACGAUUGUUUGCAGGACAUUGGGAUGAAGAGUCUCGGUGGUUGCAAUUUGCCUCUUUCCAUUUCGACGUCAGUGUUCUGGAACAGUACUGGAGCUGGAGUGUUGGAAUUUGCGUUACCUCCUGUCCACGAGAUCUGCUGUUUGAGGAUCUGACUGGAACGAUACAAAAGCUUCAAAUUACGCAUAUUGACCUGACGCCCAGUUUGGCAAGACUAGUUCAUCCCGAUGAAGUUCCGUCCCUUUGUCGUGGAGUCUUCAUCACUGGCGGAGAGGCAUUGAAACAAGAAAUCCUUGAUACCUGGGGCAAGCAUGGUGUUAUCUACAAUGGAUACGGGCCUACCGAAGCUACUAUCGGAUGCACCAUGCUCCCACGGAUGUCUGCCAACGACAAAGCCUCCAACAUCGGGCCCCAGUUCGACAACGUGGGAUCGUAUAUUUUCAGUCCCGGUACGACGAACCCAGUCCUACGCGGCAGCAUAGGUGAACUCUGCGUCUCGGGACCUCUCGUUGGAAAGGGCUACCUGAAUCGAGCGGAGCUCACUAAAGAACGAUUCCAAGAGCUCCCCGAGUUCGGCGAUCGUAUCUAUCGCACUGGCGAUCUUGUGAGGAUUUUGCACGAUGGAAGCUUCCAGUUCCUAGGUCGUAUUGAUGACCAGGUCAAGCUCCGCGGACAACGACUAGAGAUUGGAGAAAUCAACGAGGUCAUCAAACAAGCCACGUCUGAAAUGAACGAGGUUGCUACCCUGGUCAUCACGCACCCCAAACAAUCGAAGGAUCAGCUUGUCUCCUUUUUUACUACGGUCACUGCAGACAAGAGCUCCCGAGCUAUUGACGCUGGCGUCCGAUCUUCAGAAGAUUGUCGCUCCCUGCUGUCAAAGAUCAAGGAUGCUUGCCGCACUCAUCUUCCUGGGUAUAUGGUGCCUACACAUAUUAUCCCGAUGACCUGCUUCCCGCUCUCUGCCAAUAACAAGGCUGAUAUGAAAGUCUUGAAGAAGAUCUAUCAGGAGCUUUCUUUGGAGGAUAUUCAGAAAUUGAGUUCGUUGAGUGCUGGCCAGCCUACUGACAGUUUCCAGGAACAGAAGAUCAUAUCUGUUUUGGCUAGGUUUAUUGGCUCUUCUAGGGAGAAGAUCUCAUCAUGGUCCAGUAUCUACGAGCUUGGUCUGGAUUCUAUAUCUGUUAUUGCUUUCUCGAGGAGUCUUCGGGAGGCUGAUCCUACAAUUUCCGGAAUGGCCUCGGCUCUACUCGGGUCUAUUUCAUCUUCUGCCUCUUUAGAAACCAUACAACGAAAUGCCAAGCAAGGCAUUGAGGCUUUUUCUCACAAGCACGCCCACGCUAUCAAUGAGCUUAUUGGGGCCAUCGACGGUGAAGUCGAAAAGAUUGCGCCUUGUACCCCGCUCCAGGAGGGUAUCAUAUACCACUACCUGUCGAGUAGCACGCCACUGUACUGCUCCUCAUUCACUUUCGAGCUCCAUCCUCCCGUCAACCUCGAAAAUUUGCGCACAGCUUGGGGUCAAACCCAGAGAGAUGUGCAAAUGCUGCGUGCUAGGCUUUUGCCAUCACCGGACGGCUACGCCCAAGCUAUCAUGAAGAAAGAUUGCCUUCCUUGGUUCCUUGCUACGGUCGACACCAAGGAGGAGAUUGAUGAUUUGCGUAAACAACGACAUGAGCACUGGACUACCCAGCUCGGCAGUCUUUUAUCGAAUCUGUGGGAAGUUGGAAUCAUCUCUUCCCCUGAGACGUCAGUCAUGCUUUUAAACAUCUUCCAUGCUCUCUACGACGGUAACAGCCUGGCCCUUCUUCUUGAAUCGGUUGCCCAAAAUUAUCUUGGCCAGAGCAAGAGUUCGCAGUCAGUCCCGGGGUUCUUGGAUGUUUUACACUUGGGUCCCCUUUGUAAAGACCCUGCUGCAGAGACAUUCUGGAAAGAGCAUCUUGCCGGCUGUCGUGAUCACGCUUUUGUCGAGAACGACCAAGUUGACAGCGCGCCAAUCCUGCUCACAGUUCAAAUAAAUGGGAUAGAUCAGGUUGACCAUCUUCGCCGGUUUCUCGGUGUAACAGAGCAAUCUGUUCUCCAUGCCUGCUGGCUUCUCACUCUUCAGCAGCAAUACUCAUUUGUGCCAUCGCUCGGUAUCAUUGCUUCGGGCAGGACAAUUGAUAUAUCAGGCAUUGGUGACGUGAUUGGACCGCUUUUCAAUACGGUUCCCAGCAACGUACAGUUGCGUGGCCUGGAGUCUUGGUCUGAUGUUGCUCGGGGCUGUCAUAAAUACCACGUGUCCAUGAUUCCUUUCCAACACACCGCACUGCGAGACAUUGUGAAAUGGCUCGGAAAGAACCCCAAUGAGCGACUCUUCAACUCUUUGUUUGUCUUCCAGAGAGAAGAUGAAAAGACCGAAUCCCUCACAAAAGAUAUUUGGCGUGCACUCGACUCAGAGGCCCAACAUGAGUACCCUCUGGCCUUUGAGAUUGUGCGUAAUGGCAACCAAUCUCUGUCAGCCACUGUUGCUGCAAAGAGUCACGCGGUAUCAUUAGAGGACGCUCAGCAGAUGUUGUAUAAGUUCGAGCAAAUUCUUUUUGAUUUUGCACAAGACCCCAACAAAGAGUUACCCAAGAUCAACGGAGUUUCUCUCACACAAGUCGUGGCGAACGGUGAAUCACAUGGUCUCCAGGAGUCUCUGACAACACUAGAACAUACCAAUGGUGAAUGUGCCAAAGGCUCUUUGUUCGAAUGGACUUCCCAGGCUUGCACAAUCCGCGACGUGAUUGAAACCCUUGCAGAAGUGGAGCCGCAAUCCAUCAGCGAGAACACAUCGAUCUUUGAAGUUGGACUUGAUAGCAUUGAUGCAAUCAAAAUUUCCUCGCGGUUGAGCAAAGCCGGCAUCAAACUUCCCGUGAGCUCCAUCAUGCGCCAUCGUACCGUGAAGGCCAUGAGCGAGCAGAUCUCAAUGCCAAUUAACUGUCUUAAAGAUAGGAAAUUAACAUUGCUCAAUCAGCUAGAGAAAUCUUUGGGCAAGUUCCUUGGAGCUGAAGGCCUUCUCCCCCCGAGCGCGGCUCGAAUCCUACCAGCUACACCCAUCCAAGAAGCUAUGGUAGCAGAAAUGACCGCCUCUGAGUAUAAGCAUUAUUAUAACCACGAGAUGCUCGAGCUUGAGCCAGAUGUGGACAUUGAAAGGAUGGAACGGGCAUGGAGAGCUGUCGUUGGAGCCCACCCUAUUCUCCGUACCUCAUUCGUAGAAGUCUGGGAUCCGGAGAUUCCUGUGUCAUACGCCCAAAUAGUGCAUGACGAGGAUCACAUCGAUCUUCAAACUGUCAAUCUGCACGGAGUCUCCGUGGAAUCCAUCAUGGAGACUCAGCGUUCAAGGGCCCGCAAUGAACUGACAAGUAGCCCUUUAUUCUCUAUCACCAUUGCGGUGGAUGGAGAUAGACGGUACCUUGUUUUGUCGAUUGCGCAUGCCCUCUAUGAUGGCUGGUCAAUUAAUCUGCUCCAUGAAGAUGUGGCCAAAUCCUAUGCUGGGGCAGAGUGUUUCCGCCCGCCAGCCGAUGACAUUCUUGAGCAAAUUAUUGCUUCUUCUGGCGAUGAAGCACUCAGGUUCUGGCGAGCAACGCUAUUCAACUUCACUCCUGUUGUAUUCUCGCCUAUGAAGCAUGCUGAUAAUAGCUCAGCAGUUGUUCACAGAGCAGAGCAAUCGUUCUCCGUUCCACUGUCCAAGGCAGAGACGUUCUGCAAGCGCCAUGGCAUUACUCUCCAGGCCCUUGUGGUCAGUUGUUGGUCUCUUCUCCUUGCUACACAUGUCAAGAAGCUAGAUGUGGUAUUUGGACUUGUCCUUUCUGGUCGGAAUGUGGCUGGCUCUGAGCAUGUGAUGUUCCCGACCAUGAACACUGUAGCUAUGCGAGUUAUUCUUCAUGGGACGCGCGUAGAAUUGGUGCAAUAUGUGCAGGAGGCUCUCCUGGCUAUGUCGGAGCAUCAGCAUUUCCCACUUCGGCGCGCCAGACCAGAUACAGGGUCGCGGGCGUUAUUUGAUACGCUUUUCAUGUAUCAGAAGAGACCGGUGGAAAAUGUUCAGGCCGGGCCUGGGCCGGUUUUGUAUAAAUCUAUUGGUGGGGCAGCUGAUGUUGAAUACCCUGUAUGCGCUGAAGUUGAAGGUGUCGGGAAAGAACUGGUUGGGCGAGUUGCGUGUCGUGGAAAUGUUGUUGGGGAUCAAGAUACUUUUACACUGUUGGGGCAGAUAGGCAGUAUCCUUUCGUCUAUCAUCGAUGGCCCAUAUGAACAGACAGUCGAAUUCACCAGCGAAGGAGCGAAGAUUUGUGGAAGUACGGCUUUCCAUGAUGAGUCCGGACAAGAUAUCAAGACUGAUGCAGUGCCCCGGACACUCAAUCACGCACAAUGGUUGCCCAUUGAGUCGAAGAUCCGCAAAAUUCUUUCCAUUGCAUCCGGGGUACCUGAAAACUCCAUUGACAAGAGCUCCACGAUUUUCGAGCUUGGUCUGGACAGCAUCAGUGCCAUCAAGGUGGCUGCACUCCUGAAGAAAGAGUCCGUCAAGCUCGCGGUCAGUGACAUGCUUCGGGCUGGUACCAUCGAAAACAUGGCCAAAGCAGCCAACAGCAACCAACAAGAGCUCUCGCUGACAGACAUAUCGAUCAUUCUCCACGAAUCACUCGAUGGCAUCGAUGUCGCGGGACUGCUACAGUCGCAUGGUAUUGGUCUGGAACGGGUGCGGAAAGUGUUCCCCGCAACUGCAGGGCAGACCUACUUCCUCUCAAUGCACAUCCUCAAUCCCGAGGUAUUCUAUCCUGAGUUCUACUAUGUGACAUCAAGACAAUUGAGCCCUGAGGUACUCGAUCGGGCCUGGGCUCGGGUCAUAGACCAAACCCCAAUACUUCGAACUACUUUCGUUCCCACUGUCGACUCUCGGCUAUUGCCGUAUAUGCAGAUCGAGUUUAAGGCUGUGCAAAUUCCUGUGAUCUGGCAUUCCAAAUUUGGUCGGCAACUUGUUUCAAGAAGUCUCACGCAAGAAUUUGGGGCAGUGCCGCUCGCAUUGCAUGCCUGUCAAACGAACAAGGGGACGGCGCUUAUUCUGCAAAUCCACCAUGCAUUGUAUGACGCUGUCAGUCUACCCCAUAUUUUAGACAGACUUGCUACACACUGCAGUCAAGAGGAGGUUGCCAAGCCAGACCCCGGCCUUGAUCUCUCACGGCUCGUGGCAUUCCAGCAUGUUCAUUCGCCCGUGGAUGUCCGACGGCAAUUCUGGCAAAAGUAUCUAGGCCAGAUCCCAACAGCGGUAAAACGAGGGGAUGGCUUCGGCCCUGUGCAACAUUACUACCGACCGGGUCUGGUCUCAAAUAUGACCGGUGUUGAACAGGUUGCUAAGCGCCAGGGCCUGAGCAUCCAGACCGUCUUUUUGGCCGUCUAUGCUCGAGUGCAUUUGCAGGAAUUCGGUGCCGCUGAAACCGUCGAUGACGCAGGGUCUCACAAGCGAUUAACUGUUGGACUGUACCUUGCCAAUCGAUCUCAUUCCAUCGAGGGUCUAGCCGAAUCUGUAAUUCCUACCGUGAACAUUGUUCCACUACGGCUGGAUGACAAACUCAGCGAUUCCAACGAGACCCUCCUUAACGCCGCCCGGAGAAUCCAAACCGAAAUCCACGAGAUCAGCCGACCGGAAUACUCGGGUGUUUCUCUCGUGGAAAUUGCCGAAUGGACCGGCGUUCGAAUCGACACCUGCGUCAAUUUCCUGCGACUCCCUGAGCAAGAAUUGAAAGCACCCAGCAACGGUGACCAAGGAAAGUUUUCUCUCACAGCUAUUCAACGCGAGGAGUUUGACGAUCUUAGCGGGGCAAGCCCGGAAAAAGACCGAAGUGCGAUUAAUGGCAAUGGUGUAGCGCCACCGGGUGCAGCCGAGACAAGCCCGGGCCUCAAGCACCCAAGCAUCUCAACGGCUACUCAGAAUAUCUUCCAGCCUACGAUCGAUGUGGAAGCUGCCAUUCGGAAUGGUCGGUUAGACCUUGGGCUCUUCGCACCGGAAUCCCGCCUUGACCAAGACACAGCAGCGAGUAUGAUCGGUGCUAUGCGACGGGAGAUGUCUGCAUUGGUGACAGGCUUUGAAUUGAUCGAGAAUGUCUAG